AUGAAUCCAGUGAGUCCCUGGAUCGCGGCUUUGGCCGACCAAUGUCUCUCAUUCUAUCUCGGUCAAAAUGAUCAAGAUGAAAUCCAGGUGGAGGAUGUUGAUGGAUGCCUCAGUUUCAGUAUUCAGAGCCCCGUACCCAAGGCAGCCAUUGUUGUAUUAUGGGAGCAAGGAGAGCACAGUCACCGUGCCACACUCACGGACACCAAGAACCAGGUUGAUGCGAUUAUUUCACGAGACUCGCCGGACACACAAGGAGCAACCUCUCCCUGCCCACCGCCGAUCAAAGGAGGCCCCAGGCACCUGGUUGAACUUUCCGAUAUCAAGCUCAUUUUUACGUACUCAGCAGCUAGCCCGGAUGUUUACCUUCACAUCAAUCGCAUUGCCAUCCACCGGAAUGCGGUCCCAAAAGGGGAUGUGCCGAAACCAAAGCUCAGGAAGACGGCGGCCCUCAGGGCCCUGAUGGCUAUGGUGUGCGAGAAAGUCCAAAAGACCGGAGGGCAUGCUGGCUCCAACAGUCAAAAAUUUACUGGCUUGGCCGACUCAGCUGUUUCUCGUCGUGAUCAAGCCAUGCCUCAUUCUCAAAUCAACUCAGCAUCACAAUUACUAUUCUCCCAACCCCCGCCUAAUAUGCGCCAUGGUGCACCGAUGGGUAAUUCAAUGGCCAAUCGUGUUUCCAUGGGGUCAUCAGAUCUUCUAGGAUUGCUUGCGCCUACCCAUCCGAUUCAAACGAAAGAAACUGCCACUAAAGAUGAAAUCAACAACACUGCUGAUGCGACGUGCGCUAGUAAAUCUCCUACCAAUUCGUCUUACGCCGAUAUCACACGGGCAGAAGUGGACAGCUUCAUAACGGAGUGUAGGAAUCAGGUUGAACAAUCUCCAAAUCAGUCGGAUGGUAAUGGCCAGGCUCAUACCUUUGGAACGAUGGAUAGCCAGCAGUUUUCGCGGAAAAGAAAUCGUGGCAGCACAGAUGCGCCGUCACCAGCAGCUUAUGGCGAUGACCUAGGUUCACAGGGCCGACAAACUCUAAAGACAUCACCCUCCAAAAAGCGACAGCGUAUUGACGCCAGAGAGGUGAUUCCAGCGGACCCAACUGGAUUUGAACAAGUGCAAACCAAGCCCAUGCCGCCACUUCCUAACGUGGGGGCCAUACGCACCAAACCAGAUAUUGUGUGCCCAUCCACAACAGAUCCAUGGGAAGGAAUGACAAAAAUACCUUUGAGUGAAGUUGAUAUUCCAAAAGAUCAGGCAGAACUGUUGGAAGGGCUCAAAUGGAUCCCUGAGGAUCCCGGAGUAUCUGCACCUCUAUGCCAUGUACCGCCUCAUCUUUUGACGCAGUGGAACAAAGUUGCACGAAGAAGGCAGCCUUUGGCAGAAGAAGCAGAAGCAGAAGCAGAAGCAGAAGCAGAAGUAGAGGAAGAGGAAGAGGAAGAGGAGCAAGUAUCUGAACGUGCCCCGACCCCGACCCCGCAAGAUCCCUAUACAUCUCCCCUACCAUGGUCUUCAUCCCCCAAUAGGAGCCCCGCUAGAGAUGUUCUUCCACGGGACACCGCUUCUCCCCCAAUAUUCGUAAGGCCUACCAGAAGAAUUUCUACGCCAAAGAGUACUCAAUAUUGCAUUGAUCGAUCUGCAGAAGAUGGCGAUGUGGGCAUGGUGAAUGGAUUGUGCAGUGCUCCUCAGCCAGGGCAGGAGGGUAUCAACACAGCAGACCAAAAAUGUUCGCCGUUUCUUGAGGAAGUACCCACAAACCCGGGAAACCCAGUGUCUUUGGACCACGAUCCCGGCAAUGACCCAUCCCAAAACCACGAGGCUUCAACAUUGCUUGAUGUGGUCAAUGACCAACCCCAAAGUCCUAUGCAGGAGCAUUCUCAUGGUGAACCACCCGUGGAGAAUCCUCCACUUAGAUCUGGAAUGUGUGAUGAAUCAAGUAGCGAUGAGAGCGACGAGCCAGAGAUGGAAACAUAUGUUCCUUUCGCUCUGGGUGGAAGCCUUCCCUUAAGCAGUCAGCCUGAGCAGGAACUUCCUAGCUCGGGACCGUCGCUUUCAAGAUUUGCAGGGGGAACCAUCCAAGUGGUAGAGACACCUGCAGUCCAUACCACACGUCUGAAUCCCGAUAAAAAAAGCAAACAGAGAGCUGGGCUUCAGCCCCCGAGCUCUGAGCAGCCAUACUCUCAGGCUCCGAAGACAUCCCCCUCUUCUCGAGUUCUCAAUACCUACCGCUCACAAGAUAGCAACGGGCACAGUCACCUAUCCCAGGAGGCACCAAAUCCAUCUCUACCGGUAUUGGAAGACGAGCCACUGCGAGUGGAUGUGCUUGGUACUCAGACUCAAACGAGCAGCGUACAUGCACCAUCUCAGGCGACAGUCCAGUCGUCCUCGGACGUCGUACUUGAUUCAUCGAGACCUGCUCAACGACAGCGUGGGUCGUCUAUCUUCCAUUUAGACCCCUCGGACGACCCGUCGUCUUUUCCCUAUGCCAGGUGUCACUCGCUGCCCGGGUCUCAACUUCAUGAGCCAAGCCAGGAUUCUUCGAGAGGUCCCUUUUCACUCGACGAAGCCUCGCAUUUACCGGAGUUGUCCCCUAUGGAAUUCACCACCUGGGUCGCUGCUCAGGGAGAAUCGCCAUCCAAAUAUUUACGUCCCACGCUCCCCGGGAGUGCUGAUGCUGGCCAAAAGAAAUCUCACAAUACAAAUGUCGAGUUGGUAGCACGGCGACAGGGCUUUAUCGACAAGUCUGAUAAGUACGCCGAAGCACAGACAAUCUAUGGAAAGUUCUGCAAUGAUUAUUCGCCGUAUUCUGGCGAUUUCGCUCACUUCACUAAGAUGUGCUCAAAACUGCAGACAAUGCGGCAAAAAGGCCAACUACAACGGUCGUUCCUCUGGGAUGACUUCGUCAUCCAACACUUAGAAGAGUACCCGCGGUACUUUGCGGGCCUUUCCUCCCAAGAGUCCAAGGCACUUCAAUACGAGCACUGGUUCUCCUCCCGAUUCUCCCGCCCCCAACACAAAAAGAGAAGCCUCACAGCCCAUGGAGUUGACAUAGUCGCGUCUCAGUUUGUUCCGCCCACUAGUGCCGAGCUGGAAAUCCCGCCGGUUCCACAUCAAGCGACAAUCCAAAGCGAGGUAACCCAGGAUAAAGGGGUCCAAAAAGAAGUGCGCAAAACUUCUUUCACAACCAGUCUUGUGGAAGAAAUUCCAACCCUCCAUGCCCAGUCCUUUGAUGAUGUUACUGCUCCGGAUGGCUCCAUGCCCACUGCAACGCAGUCAUCGUCCUCCUUUGCUAGUACCGGCUCGGAUUCCGUUGACGUUAAAAAAGAACCUGCUCCGGAUGGCUCCAUGCCCACUGCAACCCAGUCAUCAACAUCCUCUGCUAACACCGACUCGGAUUCUGUUGAGGUUAAAGAAGAACCAGAUGAUUCUUUCGUUCAACCGAUUGCCUCCCAAAUUAUCACAAGCAGCAAUGAUCAAAAGCCUAUGCCCUCCAGCCACGAAGAGAUAGUUGAUGCAACGCAAUACGACGCAGAUAACACUCACAUUGUGCCUAAUGCGAACGACGUUGACAUGAUCGAACCCAACAUGGAUGAGAUUGACGAGACACAAGGGGAUGAUACUCACCAUGAAACUGCCAGCAUUGAACUUGGCGAUGACACUGACGAUCGGCGCCUCUCUGCCUCCCCCGCCCCGCCCGCGGCCCUUGGUGGUAUGAAAGCCGCCGAGCCCGAGCCACCAAGGCAACGAAGACCCUGGUUCCGAUCUCUCCGGGAAAUAUACCCGAAAGGCCCUGUGUGGUCCGACGACCCCGACACGCCGUUCAAGCGUUGGGCUCGCCAAGACCAGAACGUUCUUCAGGAACUCAGGCGUCGCGGCGGAGCCAGGGUUUUAACUGAUGAGAAGGGGGUCAUCCGUUGGCCCACCUACAAUCAGGAGAAGAACCCCGAUCCCUAG